UCGCCCGGGGUUCCAGCCGCGGAGGCGCCAGACGGAGCCUCGGAUCCCUGGGAGCGAGGCACCCCGCCCGCCCGGCGCAUCCACCAUGCGCCUCAACAGCUCGGCGCCGGGCCCCCGGGUCGCACAGGGCAGCGACCCCUUCUCGCUGCUGCCGCUGCCGUCGUCGGAGCUGGAGGGGGCGCUCCUGACCUCGGGCUUCGGCAACAGCUCGGGCAACGUGUCGGAGCCCGUCCAAGCAGCGCCCAGCAGCGACCUGGAUGUGAACACGGACAUUUACUCCAAGGUGCUGGUGACCGCCGUGUACCUGGCGCUCUUCGUGGUGGGCACAGCGGGCAACUCUGUGACGGCGUUCACGCUGGCGCGGAAGAGGUCCCUGCAGAACCUGCAGAGCACGGUGCACUACCACCUGGGCAGCCUGGCGCUCUCCGACCUGCUCAUCCUCCUGCUGGCCAUGCCCGUCGAGCUGUACAACUUCAUCUGGGUGCACCACCCCUGGGCCUUCGGCGACUCCGUGUGCCGCGGCUACUACUUCCUGCGUGACGCCUGCACCCACGCCACGGCCCUCAACGUGGCCAGCCUGAGUGUGGAGCGCUACCUGGCCCUCUGCCACCCCUUCAAGGCCAAGACCCUCAUGUCCCGCAGCCGCACCAAGAAGUUCAUCAGUGCCAUCUGGCUGGCCUCCGGCCUGCUGGCCGUGCCCAUGCUUUUCACCAUGGGCCAGCAGAACCGCAGCACCGACGGCCAGCACCCCGGCGGCCUGGUGUGCACGCCCAUCGUGGGCACCGCCACCAUCAAGGUCGUCAUCCAGACGUCUUUUGAGCACGCGCUGCAGAAGGUCGGCUUCUGCGCCCGCGGCUAG